AUGAAAAUACCAUUGUUCGUCCUGUCGUGUCUCUUCGCAAAUGUCAAGAUGCAAAAGUUCGGAGAGUUCAACUUUACGAGUGAGUGGAUGAUUUACACAAGGGACACGUACUACUCUCCAAUGAUCGCAAAAGUCCAGGAAAGCCUGAUCUUCGUUACCUUUCCGUUGAAUUUCAGCAUAAAACUCGAGUCCUCAAGGUUACUGGGCAAACCCUGCGAAGUGCCUGUACCCCAGAUAAAAAAGCACCGAAACAAAGUCGUCCCAGUGUUUGCGGAAGGUAUGGGGAACGAUAACGUGCUCGUAGCCGUACUCGAGGCCAAAUCGAAGAAGGAAGCGAACUUUACUAACGUCUGGCUGUACGUGAUCGAUCCGCAAAAGUGCACCUACGAUUUUACCAACAUAAUACUCGAUGCUCCCUUAAUAAUUGCGAAGAACAUCAUUAACAUAGUUCUGUACAAGGAUUGCUUCGAUUUUUUUUUAAAAAGCAAUGUUUACUGCGUGCCAGAGACCAUAUGUAAUUUUAGAUACGGCAACGAUUUGACUUUGCUAAAUGAUUACCAGAAACUGAUGCUUCCUUACGAAGACGAGAACUGGAAUUUGAUGACAAAGAAGGAUUUCGAUGCCAGUGACGGUUACCUGUACAUGAUAAUGAACACGAAACUGAACAGCUCAGUGCUGCGCUACUACGACUCGAAACUCAGCCAGACGCGGGAGCUCCGUCUCAACUACGAUGACAGCCUGGUGUAUUGGUACGAUGAUGAUGCCGGCAGCGCGAGCACGUGCUUUCGAUUUUCGGACCAGGAGCUCGAGUGCAUGCUAUUGGACGGCAGCAUGGGCAUCGAGGUUGCGGUUAAUCUCUACUACGACAGCUUCCUCCAGUACUACUCGAUUAUCCGGCUCGGCUCGGGCGAGGCUCUCGUGGUGACGAUCUUGAGCAACGAUCCCGUCGGCACGUACCCGGUGACCUAUGUGCAGCUGAUCAAUAGGUUGGGCGAAGUCUCAUCGCCGAUCAAGUUCCAGGAGUACGUUUGCGAGAACGUUUUCGAAAUUAAUACCUUCAAGAUCAGGGAGGGUUUGUUUUGCGUCAGCACUACAUGCUCCGCCGUCGUCAACAACAAGUGCAUCGGGCCGGCCGACCAGCUUGGGUUUUAG